AUGUUGCAAGAUCGUCUUAAUAAUUCACAGCAAAAUUCAGGAUCAAAUGAUCGAAUGAACUUUCUUCAAUGUUCACCAGAUUUGAAUAGUUUUGUAGGUUUUCCUGAUGCCAAUAAGCUUCGAAUUCAUAUAAGGUUUCAUACAGGUGAAAAACCUUUUGCUUGUGAAGAUUGUGACGUGGCUUUUAAAUCUAGUGGUGAGCUAGUUAAACAUAAGCUUAAACAUUCUGGUACUCGCAAUUAUUCUUGUACAGAAUGUGGCAAACGAUUUUUAGCUUCUAAACAUGUCAAGCAACAUAUGGUUGUUAAUACAGGGGAACGUAAACAUAAAUGCGAAAUCUGUGGAAAAGGUUUCACAAAAUCACAUGUGUUACGUAGUCAUCUGAAAAUACACGAAAAGUUGCAACUUUCUUCCACGCCACCCAUGAGGUGA